CGAAACUGAGGAGAUUUAAUUGAGGGGAUUAAUUCGAUCUAGGGCAGCGGGUUGGGGUUUGUUUUCGUGUGCGGUUUAAUUGAGGGUUGUGAGUUGAUUGUGACUGGGUUUACAACGACGAGAGGGCAGGGGAAAUCGGAGAUCAGAGAAGAAGAGCGGGGCGGCAAGCACUAUUCCCCUCGAAGGGCUUGAUGGAGCCGGCACCAACAGGACGGGGAGCGAGGUGGAUCAGAACGAGGGUAGUGGCUAGGGGAUGCAAGAAGAAGGCGGGAAGCUUGACGACGGCGAGAAGUGCUACUGUCGACUUCGACGGUGGCAGGAUGAAAGACAUCAUGGAAACGUCGGCGCGACCAAGCACUUACCCACCCAAACGACGAGGAAUCUCGGCAAUCCGUCAAUUCCCUCUGAAUUGCGGCCGGAGAGGUGGCGACGGGCUUGACGGCGGUGAAAAGCUUCACUCGCCAACGGUGGCAGGCGAGGCUUUGCCCGCGGAAGAAGAAGAGGAGCCGGAGGAAUGGGUUUUUUGUGGGUUCGGGGAUCGAGAGGAGGACGACGGCGAUGGUGUCCGGAACCCCGACGUCGACGGCGGCGGCGGUGUACAGGUGAGUGUCCUCCCGUGUUUUUGGAGGUCAAUGGCAUCCAAUUGAAAAUUUGAUAAAUAGUUAGGGGCGUAUAGGUCUUUUCAGAAUUGGGGAGAUUUGAUAAAUUUUGGAAGUUUAGGCGCCGUAAAGUAAUUGACCAGGCUGGGGAUGAGUUCUCAAUUAGUAAAUGUUUGGGUAUUGAAUUGGAAAUAUGCCAGUUGGACCAGAAUGUCAAAAUCAGAAAGUGGAAAUUGGCCAGGAGGACUGGAUUGUGCAAUUCUGGAAAUUUGGGGCCGAAUUGAUAAGACCUAGGAAUUCGAGUAUCAGUUGGUAAUUUACCAUUUUGGGGCAAAAAGGUAAUUUUCCAAAAUUUUAUGGGGAAUCCUAGGAAAGAUUAAAUAGAGGAAAGUGAGAUUGAAAUUAACCAAAUUGGAGUUC